UCACUUAUGUUGCAGUUCAAGUGAAACGUGUUAGGAGGACCGUGUUUACAACUAUAAAACAUUUAAAAUUAAUGAUCUUUUUCCGGUACUGAUUCCGGCUUUCAGGUCUCGCAUUUAACAGCAGCAAAUAUUUACAGCAUCAGAUAUUUUUGAUACAACAUACUUUUCUUAACCAUUAUUUUUACUCCAUUCUUAUUUUCAAUGUAAUAGUAUUGAAAACAUGAUCCGUGUUGUAAAUGAGUUGUGUGGUAAAUACUGAUCAUGGAGAGAGAUUUACUCAGACAGUCUGUUUCAUAUCACGGGCAAAGUCUGCUUUCGCUUUUAACAUGUGAGCAAAGUGAAAAUCCAGACUUUAAACAAGUGGCUGCAGAUAUCUCCAAAGCUUUAAACCAAAGGGAUAAAGAUGAAGAGAGUCCUAUCCUGGAACAGUUUAUAGCAAGAAAAGCCGAUCUUCUGUUUGAGCCUUCUUGGAAAUCCUCUAAACCAGCAGAAGAAUGGCAGGAAGAAUCAGGAGAGGCGUAUGCUGUUAUGCCCCCAUUGGAGCAGUUUAUGGAGGUGUCUUAUGAAGAGAGAAGGGAGAUCUUCUACAGAGAUGUGGAGCGUGGAGACAUGGUUAUCGGAAGAGUAAACUCUCUGCGGGACUUUGGUUUAUUUGUAACCCUUCUCUGCACUGCUGGUGGAUUGGAAAGAGAUAUUGAAGAUCUUGAGAUAAAGACCCUUUGCCCAAUACGAGAUGUGCCAUCAACCGGAAACCAUGACGAUCCGUUGUCUUAUUACCAUAUUGGGGAUUUGAUUAGAGCUGGAGUAAAGGACAUUGAUCGAUAUAACGAGAAGUUGACAAUCUCGCUGUACUCGUCCUCACUGGCUCCUCACUUGGAAAAAGUUAAACUCGGUGUCAUAAACAAAGAAGAUCUACCUCUUCAUUACACUCGGGGUGAAAAAGUGGCUGUGGAUAGCAGCGAGACUUAUGAGAAACUUUUGGAAAGCUCCCUCGGUUUGUCCAACCCUUUAAAUGUGGAUUAUCUCUUGGGAAUGAUUGGAAUAAAUGAUACAAAAACUCCGUCAUUAAUGAGAGGAUUGCAGAGUAAACAUUUUAAGGAAGAUGAUUUUGCGACUACCAUCCGGAAAAAGCAGUCUGUCUCCUGGGCCUUGAAAUGUGUCAAAACUGGCGUUGAUCAUUUUAAAUCUAGGCGAUUUGUAGAUGCAAUGAACGAAUACAACAAGGCCUUAGAGAUCGACACCAAUAAUGUUGAGGCUCUUGUAGCCCGUGGAGCCCUAUAUGCAACAAAAGGAAGCUUGGUGAAGGCGAUUGAUGACUUUGAGGUGGCAUUGGAGAACUCUCCUACACACAGGAACGCUAAGAAGUACCUCUGCCAGACGCUAGUGGAGCGAGGCAGACAACUUGAGGAAGAAGAGAAGUUGGUCACUGCCGAGGGUCUUUACAAAAGAGCCAUUUCUCUAGAUGACACGUUUCAAGAGGCGUCAGAGGCUCUGGAGAAACUUCAGAUACGGAUCCAGAAAUCGCUGAAAUUGAAAGAACUGGAAGCUGCCAAAGAGCAGGAAAAAGCUAAGACCGUGGUGACGAGUGCAGAAAAAUUGCGUAAGAUCUUAAAAGAAGAGAAAAGAGUGAAGAAGAAACGCAAAAGAUCAACCUCCUCCUCGUCUACCUCUUCGAGUUCAUCUUCAACGUCUGCCGAGGACUCUACCUCAACCAGUCACAAGAAAUCCAAGAAACGCAAGCGCAAACGGAGGCGCUCGUCUCGCAGCAGUAAGAAACACAAGCGGAGAAUGUCGUCCUGUAGUGAUAAAACUGCUGAAGAAGAGUGCUUUCCUGCCCCUGCCAACACAUCAGCUUCAUUCCUUAACCAGGCAUCCAUAACCAAACUCAUCAGUGAUGGAGAACGGCCUCUUGUGAAAGGCCAUUGUGAGGAGAGCGGAGGUAGGUUUGUGGGCCCACGUAUGUCAGAAAACAACAAAUAUGGAGCCCACUGUGGAAGUGAUGGUCCUGAUGCAAACGGCGAGCUUAGAGAACGACACAAGGAUCUAGGGAUAUCAGAGGACAGACGGGAACAUUCAGGAAACAGGAGGAAUUCCUCUUCCUCAAGCCACUCGGAGCGUUCCCGCUUGUCCUCGCGGGGCAGGAGGCACAGUGAAUCUGCGGGAGGAAGGGUUGAGAGGAUAGAUAAAGGGGAGAAAACUAGCCAACAAAAGGCACUUCCUUCUAAUUUGACGGACAUUUUCAGUCAGAUCGCUGAAUUUGAGAGAGAAAAAAAGCUUAAAAAGUGAGAUCAGAGUCUCUCUAACAAUCGGUUGCAUUGUUCUUCAGUUAUGGUAAAGAGUAGGGAUUUAAUACGUGGAAUGUACAAUAAAUUGAUCACAACUGUUUUAGUUUAUUUUCGUAGUUUAGAUUAGAUUUAGAAUUUAUUUUCUAGCUUUAGCUUUGGUUAAAAGGAACAGUGCUGAUUAGAAACUGUCUUGUGAUCAGAAUGAUGCCAUAGUAUUAUAAAUCUCCUACAGUGUCAUGUUAUGUCCAAAUAAAUGAAUGUAAUGGACAGUA